CGAAAAAGAAGAAGAAGAGACAGCAACAGCAAUGUUUGAGGGAGUGAAAAAUUAAACAAAAGUCAACGCAAUCUAGCAGUUAAAACUUGACGGCGGCUGAAAAUCAAAACAUCAAGAUUUCGUACCAACGCAGACUCCUACAAAAGCUUACAAUGGAUCGGGUGACCAAGCCGCAGAAGAAAAUGCUCAUCACAUUACUGCGGGAAACCAAGUACAUGGAGGGCAAAAAAGAGAAGGAGUGGUACUGGGAAAAGAUCCAGGCGGCUCUAAACACAAUUGGCCCCAAGAAGACCAUCAUUCAAUGGAAAAAGUGCUGGCGAGAUAUGCGGCUGACCACGAGAAAGAAACUGGCGGAACUGAAGCGUUGUCAACUCUCUGGAGGAUCUCCGCCACCAGGCAUUGAACUUAAUCAGGAGGACAACGACAUCAUAGACAUUGUGGGUACCGAGUAUUUUUACGAGGAAAUGAAUGGUGAACUCAAGGCAGAGAACUUCUUGACCGGCUUGGAUUAUCCCCCGGAGCACCUGUGCGAUGCCAUUCUAACGGCAGCAGUAGGUCAUCACCAACACAACCUGCAGCACCCAAAAGAUCCGCAAUCCCAUGGAGGACAACAGCCACAGCAGGAUCACCACACCAAUGAUGGCGAAACAAACGAUGCACCUGGAUCAAGCAAUGGUGGCUCAUAUCAGGGUCACCCCUUGCCCCAGCUACAAACGCACAAUGGAGGUGGAGGAGGCGGUGAUCAUGGAAGCGGUGGCCAGCCGCACUCCGGGAUGCUACAGCAUCCUGCUUUUCAUGGCGGCUUACAUCCACAUCUGUUGAGGCGUCAGCAUGGCGGUGUAUCAUUCUCCAGGGAAACACCCUUCGAGGAAAAGUUGCUGCAGUUCAUGCAGGAUGCAUUUCCGAAGAAGAGCAAGAAGCGUAAGAAUCGGGAUCCGGAUAAGCUGUUUCUCCUAUCCCUGUACGAGGAGAUCAAGCGGGUUCCUGAGGAAAUACGCCUAGACGUGAAGUCCGAACUAAUGCAGAUACUAAAAAAGUACCAAAAAAAAUUGCCCGUCAAAGCGGAAAAGUCAGCUCCCUCAUCCACCUCGACCUCCUCAAAGCUGACCUCCAGCAGCAGUGGCAGCACUUCGGUGGCUGCUCAUUUGUCUCACAGCAUGUACCAGUUGCAAAAGAAGUACGAGAAGGGCGAACGGGAGCCCUCGCCUCAGUCGCAGGUGGACCGGGUGGCAGCCACAGGGCCAGUAUCUGUGUCUCUCCAUGCCUCUCAGCAGCUGCCCUUCCUUUUACAGAAAAAGUACGAGGAAAGUGCCGUUGAGAAGGUUCAUCAGCAACAACAACAGCAACAGAGCGAGCAACGCAAGCAUGUGGAGGCCGCCCAGGCCCAUCAUGCUGCCCACCAGCAACCGCCACCACCACCACCCAACGAACACCUGCACCACCCACAGAUGGCCCACAACAUCAUGUUUCCGCUGGGUCAAUUGCGAAACGAACAACCGCCCGCCCAGCAGCACCAGCAUGCCCACAAUCCCCACCAACAACAGCAGCAGCAACAGCAUCCACACCAGCAGCAAGGACAACAGCACCAUCCACCAACGAUCUUCGGGUCGACUGCCAGCGAACGACCUGCGAUGUCCUAUGAGAAUGUCGGAUGAGUGCUGAGCCGUCUGUGGGAAGCCACUUGUGGAGCACCACGCCCUGCGGCGGUGUCCCCCACGACGGCAGACUCGCACCGUUGAUAGCCCUCGAUGUAAAAAAACACUUGUGGGUCUUAAGCUAGCCUAUACCUAAGUGCACAUUUCUCACUUACUGCAAAGAUGUUCGCAAUUCGGAAAUGCUGCAAUAUAUGACAAGGAAACUUAUGGUUUUCAUGAUUUAUGUUAGCUUUGUAGUAAGUGUACGUCGUGAUCCACUUGUAAAUGUUUGCGUGGCAAUAACAGCACAGCUAAACUCUGACUAAAGUUCUCAAUAGUUCGCGUCUCGUGAAUUUAUCAGUGUAAACUUAAAUAUAAUUGUAUCUUCAAA